AUGUCUGAUGACGAAGAAGAUGCAAGCGUCUACGAUCAAGAUGACGACUCGACGCCUCCAACAUUUUGGCGUGCAAGUGCAAACGCAGUGGAAGCAACGGACCUAGCAGAACCUGUGACUUUUCAAGACGCGAUCAAUGGUCCUGAUCAAGCUCACUGGCGAAAUGCUGUGAAGGCGGAACUCAAGUCGAUGCAUCUUCGUGGAGUUUUCCGUGCGGCAAAACUGCCAAGAGGCCAAGGCGCGAUCGGCACCAAGUGGGUGUUCAAGAUCAAGCGCAAAGCGGAUGGAUCGGUCGAGAAAUACAAGGCGCGUCUCGUUGCCAAGGGCUUCAAGCAGAAGUACGGCAUCGACUACACAGAGACGUUCUCGCCCGUGGUCAAGUACGUGACACUGCGUAUGGUGAUCGCGAUCACCAAGUAUUUCGACUGGCCACUGGACCAACUCGAUGUGGUGACAGCCUUUCUCUACGGAGUGAUGAAGGAGAAGGUGUACUGCGUGAUACCAGAAGGCGUCGAGAUGGAUGGCGACUUCGACUGUCUCGAGUUGGUGAAGGCGAUCUACGGUCUCAAGCAAGCUUCACGUGUGUGGAACGAGACUUUCGACGAGUUCGUAUGCUCCAUCGGUUUCGAAGCGUCGGCGUUCGACCCAUGUCUCUACAUCAAGGUUGUCGACGGUCACUGUGUGCUCGUGCUGGUCUACGUGGAUGACGUGUUGGUCACCGGCAGCUCGCUCGAGUUGAUUGCGCAGACGAAGGCCGACCUCAAGACGCGUUUCGAGAUGACCGACAGUGGCAAGUGUACUUUGUACUGGGCAUCGAACUGGUGGACGAAUCGGAUGGCAGCGUGA